AUGGCAGUCGACAUGAACAUCAAAGAACUUUUGGUCACAGGGGAUUUUGAUCUAUUGCUACACCAAGUCCAAGGGGAAUGGUCCACCAAAAAUGUCAAAAUCCUUCCAUACUUGCACUUCGUGAAAGAGCUAUGCAAGAAGUUCACGAAGACUGAGUUUAAACAUGUCCCCAAGAUUCAGAACGAGAGGUUCCUUACAACCAAAGAGUACCCGAAAAAUGCUAUUAAUAGUCAAAAGCGAGCCCUCAAGAUAUUGGCGAAUCACUUUUUCCUUAACAGGGAAGUCCUAUAUAGGAGGACCCCAGACAUGGGUUUGUUGAGAUGUGUAGAUGCCGCCAAAGCAACUAGGUUAUUGGAAGAAAUACAUGCAGGAACAUGUGGACCUCACAUGAAUGGGUUUACAUUGGCCAAGAAAAUCUUGAGAGCUGGAUACCUUUGGAUGACUAUGGAAAGUGACAGUAUCCGCUACCUACGGAAGUGUCACCACUGCCAGAUUCACGGGAUUUCAUCGGGGUUCUGCCAAAUGAGUUGGAUGUGA